AUGAUGGAAGAAAUCUUUACGUUUCUUAAAAAAACCAUAUGAUUGUAGCGAUGGGACAAUUGCGUUUCUCUCUCUUCCCAUCGCUUUCUCCGACACAUGCAUUUCCAUUUCCAGCUACCUUCUACGCCUAAUUUCUCUCUCUAAUUGAUCUAUGCCGGGGUUUGAUCACUCGGUGCCUCCACUUCAUCUCUUUCUCUCUCUAUAUAUAUAGCAUAUAUAUAAGUUAUAUAUUUAUAUUUGUUAAUUUGAUCGCCUUCGCUAUAGAAGAAGAAGAAGAUGACUGUUGAUUUUGAAUCUAUAUCGGAGGCGACAUCAGGAGCUAUUGGAGCUCUGUUGAGCACAACAAUCUUGUACCCACUCGACACCUGUAAAGCUAAGUACCAAGCAGAGGUUGGAGGCCAUGGUCAGGCAAAAUACAGGAACCUAUCAGAUGUUUUUUUGGAAGCAAUAUCAACUGGUAAGGUUCUUUCAUUGUACCAGGGCCUUGGGACAAAGAACUUGCAGUCCUUCAUUUCACAGUUCAUCUACUUCUAUGGCUAUAGUUAUUUCAAAAGACUAUAUGUGGAAAGGAGUGGUUCCAAAUCCAUUGGAACUAAAGCAAACUUACUUCUUGCUGCUGCUGCUGGGGCUUGCAAUGCAUUUGUGACUCAGCCCCUGGAUACAGCUUCCUCAAGGAUGCAGACAAGCACGUUCGGGAAAUCGAAAGGGCUAUGUCAAACCCUUACAGAAGGCAGUUGGAGUGAAGCAUUUGAUGGCCUUGGCAUCUCUCUUCUUUUGACUUCUAACCCUGCCAUUCAGUAUACAGUUUUUGAUCAGCUGAAACAAAGACUCUUGAAGAGAAAGCAGAAUAUAACAACGAAGGACUCACCCCAAGAAUCCCUUUCUGCCUUUUCAGCUUUCAUUGUAGGUGCAAUUUCUAAGAGCAUUGCUACCAUUUUGACAUAUCCGGCUAUCAGGUGCAAGGUUAUGAUUCAAGCUGCAGACUCAGAUUCUGAUGAGACCAAGAAAGCUAGGCGAAAGUCCCGCAAAACGUUGUCUGGCGUUUUUUAUGCUAUUUGGAGAAAAGAAGGGGUGCUUGGAUUUUUUAAGGGACUGCGAGCUCAGAUCCUGAAGACUGUACUAAGCUCAGCGUUGCUUUUGAUGAUAAAGGAGAAAAUCAGCGCGACAACUUGGGUCCUAAUACUUGCAAUAAGAAGGUAUCUACUGUUCUCACAGGCUAAGACGCAGGGUAGAAUAAAAAAUGCUUUACAGUAGUGAUAGCAAAGGUCAAAUGCUUAGGUUACCCUAAAAAAUAAAAUAAAAUAAAAAGAAGUCAUGGGUUGAUUGUACAUAAUGAUUUCAUUUGGGAUGAACAAAAUGAAAGACAUCCGAGGAGCUGGUUUCAUCCCUCCAACUGGAAGUAUCGAGCGGAGGCUAACAUUGUGCUUUUUGUUCAAGAAUAAUCAGGCAUAGGCUUGCACAAGACAGUAAGAAUAGUUUCUUUUGUUGGUUGAUCCUUAAAAGUAGUUUCAUUUCUAGAAUAAUCUGAUGCAGGACAUAUUAUUAUGUCAAAAAGAAAUAUCAAUAAAAGAAAAACAAAAUUGUCAUCAUUUGUGUCAUUUGACUCUCAGAAAUUGGGAUCCUGUGUUCUGAACUAUUCGUAUGAAUUUAGGAUUCAUUUAUUAGGUUUGUGUUUGGGCAUCAUAUGAAAAAUGUUAUGUCUUACAAAGUGUCGUGGAAAUAUUUUACAAGGCAAAUGAAUGAAUUUUACUUGGAAGAAUCUAUAUACAUACAGGUUUUGUCUUA